AUGCGCACUAAACCAUUCAAUAUCAAACGAAAGGGCCCAAGAAAUGGCACAAUAUGCUUCAACCCCAACAAGCUCGUGACCUCGGUUAACCGACCUAGAUCAGGCGGAAACGAUGCCCAAAAUCGGGACGAUUCAUCAUGCGAGGAAGACGUUGAUAUUGACUCUGACGACUGGGACUUCAAAUAUCAGUUGGGACAUAACAAAGACAGACACAGAAGCCGGCUUCUGGAAACGACUUCUCUUGCUGGAGGCUGGAUUGUAUAUUUGUCAAGAGAGAAAUAG